AGGAGGAGAGGGUCGUCUGCGGAGUGCAUAGGGCGAGCGAGGGAUGAAGUGAGGGAGUGCGAAUGCUUUUCAGACGCCACGACGACAUCACCACUUCCUGAUUCACAGAAGCAGCUUUCAAGCUUUCAUUGAUGUUAUUGUCCGCAUAGUCAAGCUUCUUUUAUUGGAUUGUUUUUCCUUUUCAACCUGUACCCAACUGCAUCUUGGUUCAUAUCAGUCAAAGCGCAGGUUUUUCUCUGAAUUCAUGACGUGGUCUCCUGACUGAGCCAGCCAGAUAUUAACAACACAAGUGAAGACCAGACCAUCCUGGGCCAUGACUGCUCUGCUGAACGCAACGGAUAUUGUUGGGAAGUCAGCCAUUCUGCUGGUGACCACAGACUCUCCCUUUAACCUGACUCCACCUUCACGGGCAGAACAUUUAUCAGACCAGCCGGUGGCUCCCUUCUGUACCGUCUGCUGCUGUGGAUUUCUCAAUCGUGCCUUUGCAGUUGCUCUCAUGGUCAGCCUGGCUUUCGCAAUAGUGGUUGGGAAUGUGAUCACUCUGACUGUUUUUGUGCAGACGAGACAGUCCAGAACACCGCAAGGAUAUCUGAAAGUGUCUCUGGCUGUAGCUGACAUGAUGGUGGGCGUCCUUGUGGUCCCUUUCUCUGUUUACACGGAAAUCUCACUGAUGGUAACCUACACGCCUCCCAUUUGGUAUCAGGGGGGUUCUGCAUCUCUGGCGUCCUCUUUAAGCGGACAGAGGAACCCGUGGCAGCCCUGCAUGCUGAUUGGACCUGUGUUCGCUGGGUGCACCUUUGUCUCCAUCAGCACCAUCUUCCUCAUGACAGUGGAGCGAAGUGUGGCCAUCCUUUGGCCGCUCCACAAGGACGCCUUGGUGACGCAGAGGAGAACACUUUCCCUCAUCCUGCUCUCAUGGGCUGCAAGCUUUCUACUGGCAGUUGCACCCCUCUUAUUCAGCAGCAACUUCACUUUAGAGUACAAUGAGUGUAGCCGAAUGUGUAACUACGUCCCAGUGUUGCUUGGCAACCGGCCACCACAUGACGCCAACAUCCUGCUGUUAUUCCCAGUAUUUGACUUUACGCUCCUUGGUGGAACGUUGGCAGUUAACAUUGUGUCUUUCACAAGCAUCAGGCAGUACUCCAGGAGACGCAAACUCCUCUCAGAGGGGAGCAUGACUGAUGGAGGAGGAAGAGGAGGAGGGGGAAGGCCAUGCCCUCACAGACCCUCAUUUUCAGACAUUAAGGCCGCUAAGACAAUAAGCAUAUUAACAUUUGCUUUCACCGCAUCCUUUUCUCCCAUUGCAGUAUUUGUGCUCGGGAAUGUGGUGGGAUACACCUGGUGCAACUUCUCCUUUGUUGCCUUCUGGAUUCUAACAGCAAACAGCUGCUGCAAUGUGAUCAUCUACAGUGUCAGGGACCACCGUUUUCGGAAGGGGGUGACCCUACUCUUUCAGCGUGACAACUGUCCCCCACAGGAGGAGAAAACCUGAGAGACAUGCCCAGGACUGUAGCUGUUGAUGAGAUUUAAGUCAUGUGUCAGGGGGUCACGUUCCCCCACACUUUUUACCCUAUGUGUGUGAUGUGCCCCUUUUUCCCGGAAUGGAAAAUACCCCUUUUCAGGAAUGGAAAAUUUCAAUUUCAGCACCAAAGGAUUAUACAAUCUCACCAGAAUUUUGAAUAAAUUAACCGGGCUGCUUUCCAGCACAAUGAGCGCAUGCUUGUAAUGAAGGAUACUAUUGAAAUACUGAGUUUUUCAUCCCAUAAGAGAAAUGAUAUAAUACUAUAU